UGGAUUUUUUGUUGUCACAGGCGUCGUAAUUGGCGAGUUGUGUUCUAAAUCAAAGUCAGCGAGAGUUCCCUGUGUUGCUUCUUGUGCUGCUUGUAGAAUUUUUAGUGUAUUUUUGUACGUUUUUGUAUCUGGUUGCGCCACAGCAAAGUUUCAAACAGCUCAUCUGCAAACAAAGAAACGCACACACACAACACACACGCAAACACUGCAAUUAAAAGCAGGUAAACGAGCGCAAAGGGAAACGGAAGCGCACAGACAGUGACAAUAGAAGUGUUCUGAUAAAAAACAAAUAUAUAAAGUACACGAACAACUAUGGGCCGCAUCUUUCUGGAGCACCUUGGCGGCCUCAAGCUGUUCAACUGCGCCCAAUGUCACACCAAUUUGACCAAUCGCAGCCAAUUAAUCAGCACACGCUUUACUGGCGCCACGGGACGGGCUUAUCUGUUUAAGCGCGUGGUCAACUUGACAUUCAGCGCCAUUCAGGAGCGUGUGAUGCUCACGGGCCGUCAUAUGGUGCGCGAUGUUAUGUGCAAGAACUGUGGCGCCAAGCUCGGCUGGAUGUAUGAGUUUGCCACCGAGGAGACGCAAAAAUACAAAGAGGGUCGCGUCAUUCUCGAAUAUGCGCUGAUCAAUGAGGCAGAGGGCUUCCCAUCGGAGGCGGGCGGCACCAGCCACUGAACACAUGAGUGUAGCUGCAGCUCCAGGCCAAUAAAGCGUGUGUAGCCCUAAGUAUUGAAUAGCAAGCCGCAGGCGAUGGCUUGCUUCUAUAGGAUAUGUAAUAAUGUAAUGAUCGCCAUGGUCCUUGCGUAUGUGCAUCGACAACUGGCUAGCAGCGCUCGCAAUGUGCGUAUAUUUAGUGUGUGUAGCUAGAUAUAUAAUCAUGUCGAGUUCGUUAACGUAUAAUUACAGACCCUGUCAGCGUUACUUAAACGUAGUUUUAGACAUUAGCACAUAAGCAGCUAUGCGGCGCCCAAUUCUAAAAAUACUAUUUAUGAGGCUGAACUGCUAAAACACUCCCACCUCCUUCUCCCUUCGUUGCUGUGUGGCACAACGGAACUAAUCUAACGCCAAAUUUGUCCCUUUUUUUUUUGUAACUUGCAAUUAUCAUAAGGAACACAUAUGUAUGUGUGUGUGCCUCUUCAACAACUUCAUAAAUUAAUAAAAUAAGAGAUCUCUAGUUAUCUUUAUAAAUCUCAUCAAAGUCAAUAAUUGUUUUUCUCAGACUGAUAAACGCGUAAGAACAUGUGCACGAAACAGAAGUAGAUGCUAAAGUUAGUAAAAGAGAAAGACAGACAGAGAGAGAAGAGAGAGAGAGAGAGAGAGCAAGUGGACGAGUGCGUGUCAGAGUAAAGCACAAAUGUGCAUGACUGUAACUGGGCCACAGUACGUUUAAAAUGGGUCUAGUUAUAAGCGAUCAGGCUAACUUUUAAAUAAUGACUAUGGCUUCAGAUCUGCAGAGACUUGAGACUGCCCUAACAUCUAUCCAGGACAGCAGCAAUAAACAAGUACAUUAUGUAUACGACUAACAAGCGUAA